UCGUGGGGGGUGUCGCUUCGAUCGCGGCACCUCGACUCUGCCGCGCGGGAGGAAAUAAAAAGGGAGGGACCCCGGCUCGACGCCCGGGUAUAAAGAUAGUUGUUCGUCGAGGUAGCUCACUCCGUGGGCGUCCAUUUUUUUCCCCCACAGUUGAACCGGAGUCCGCCGCCACCGCACGUAUCGCCAUGGAUGACCUACCGAUGGAACAAAUUGCCCUGCUGCGGAAGGCGUUCGAGGCGUUCGACCGCGAGAAGAAGGGCUGCAUCUCGGUGGACAUGGUGCGCACCAUCCUGGAGAUGGUGGGUCACCACGUGGACGACAAGAUGCUCAAGGACGUCAUCGCCGAGGUCGACGCCGACGGUUCGGGCGAGCUGGAGUUCGAGGAGUUCGUGACCUUGGCGGCGAGGUUCCUCAUAGAGGAGGACCAAGAGGCCAUGCAGCAGGAGUUGAAGGAGGCCUUCAGACUCUACGACAAGGAAGGUAACGGCUACAUCACGACCGCUGUCCUGCGGGAGAUCCUCAAGGAGCUGGACGACAAGGUGUCCAACGAGGAGCUGGACAUGAUGAUCGAGGAGAUCGACUCCGACGGGUCGGGCACGGUUGACUUCGACGAGUUCAUGGAGGUCAUGACCGGAGGAGAGGACUAGGUCUGCUCGCCGCUGACUCCCGAGGAUCCUGGUAUUUUUUUCACCCCAACCGCUUGAAGGAAAGAAAAAAAGGGAAGACCGCAUUCGACUGUCGGUCGGCCGCUGAUCCCGGUGGUUGCUGCGCCGGUCGCGACGCCUGGGACCCCACGCAACCCGCCAGACGUCCACCACCGCCGGGCUGCCUGCCAGCCAGGCCAGCGGGUCCACACACCCUCACACACGCUUCGUGUAUCUCGUGCAUUGUGAAUGUGUUUUAUACCUAACGUGAUGACGAAAAAUAAAGAUAUUUCACCUGAGAAACAUAUACAUUUAAAAAAAGUCCAUUGCUGUACAUACAGUUAAGGCAAUUAUUUUGUUGUGUUUGUUCCUUUUUAACAGUGAUGCUUUCGUGAAUUUAUAACUUCCGAUUAAUUUGAAAAUUAAUUUUUACAGAUAAAAAAUUAAGAUUUUUUAAAGAUUUUAUACCAUAAAUAUACUCAAUUAAAUAAAAGUUUUAGAGUCUUUGAAUUCUGUGCAUUAAUACCCUACAUAGUUCAUUUCAUUAAAAAUAUUUCUGGUAAUUCGAUUGAACUAUCCUUGUCUUGUAAACUAUAUUGCAAAACCUGUAUUUGCUGUUGUUUACAUGGUGCAUAUUAUUGGGAUGAAUUUCAUUUUGUUAAAAUAAUUUUUUUGUUUAUAGCCUAUGCUUGUUUAAGUUCGUAGCAUACAACCAUUAAUUUGUAACAAUUUAUCUCCAGGAAGAUUUAAUAUUAGAAAAAUUUUAUAUUUUUAUUAAAGUUUUGUUUUUUAUUUAAUUGUAAUAUUUAACACAGCAUUUCCUUAAUUUUUGUAUGAUUGUGCUGAACUGACACAUUCCUGUAUCGCAAUAAAUAUCACAAUCAGAUAUA